UGUAGCGUCAAGAUGGAGGCCUGGGUGCGCGACAAGGUGUCGCUGCUGGGGCUGGACGCGUCCGUGUACGUCGAGUACGCGCUGGGUCUGCUGCAGGAUGAGGACAUGGACGUGUCGGAGCGCGUGGCCAGCGUCAUCGCCGUGUUCUCGGGCGCCGCCGACGGCCUCGUGGCCCAAGACGUGCUGGACCGCACUCUGGACGAGGCGGCCAUGACGCAGGACGUGUCCACGCUGCUGCAGGCCGCGCAGCAGCAGACGCAGCAGCAGCAGGAGCUGGAGCUGGCGGAGAAGAAGCUCAAGGACCUGCAGCUGCGCGAGAAGCAGCGCCAGGAGGCCGAGGACGCGGCCGCUAGAGAGAAGCAGAGGGCGGCCGAGCGCCUCAAGAACAUGACGCGCGAGCAGAUCGCGGCCCGCGAGCAGCUCAUCAGCGAGUACGGCUUCACGGUCAUGUCCGAGUUCGACGAGGAGGGCAACGUGGUGAAGAUCAAGGACAAGGAGAAGAGCUCCUCGGCCGAGGACGCCGGCCCCGCCAACUCGAACCGCCAGCGCGUGCAGCAGGCGCAGAACGCCAUGCGCGAGAAGAUGAAGAAGGAGCACGAGAAGAAGGUCAAGUACGAGAAGGAGCUGCUGGCCAAGGACAAGGCCCGCAAGGACAAGGCCAAGAAGAGGACGAUGAAGAGGGAGAAGCAGCGCGGCUGCGGCUAG